UGGAAACCAGUUCCUACUGUUAUAUGCCGCCAUAUUGUUUGCGACGGUCGUGCAUGUAAUUGGUCUGCCUUGCGUGGUCUCGAGUUUUCCUCUUGUUCGGUGAAUCCCUCGGGAAAAGAUCGCAAACAUUUCACGAAAAAGCAACAUGAAAAAAACAAAGGACGUAUCAGACGAGGAUGAAUAUUCUGCAGAUGAUCCAGAAGAAGUGGAAGGAGCCUCUGAAGAAGAGUGGACUCCUGAAGCCGGAGCUGAAAGCGGUGCUAAAAAGAGGCCACAAAGGGAAGUUGCUAAAAAACGACAACAUUCAGAAGAAGAUGAUGAAGAAGAAGAAGAGGAUGAAGAUGACGAUGAUGAAGAAGACGAUGAAUCUGAUUCAGAUACAGGAAAGAAACCUAAAAGAAAAAGGCGGUCUAAGAAAGAAGACUAUGAAAAGGAAGAUGAGGACGAAGAAGAUUCUGAUGAUAACAGCUUCAAUGAAUCAUCAGGAGAAACACCAAAAGAUUUUACUUCUGGUGCAUUCGUUGUUGCAAAAGCUGACAUUGCUGGAAACACAGAUCCAACAUUGUGGAGGAUAGAUGGGAAAGCAUUACUUCAAAAGUUUUUACCCUUUAAAGAAGAUGGAAAAACAUUAUAUAAAAGCACAUCGACAUAUUCUGGAUGGUCAGUAAAUAACAAAGAUAAGUACUUAGCAGCACAAGUUACCUUCAAAGUGCAAAGUAGAACAGAAACCAUUGUUGAACUUCAUCUCGAUCAGCAUCAACAAGAAGUUGUAAAGUAUGCUUUUUCCUUCUGCUCCUUUUUGUAUUACCAUAUAAUAGUUUCAUUAUAAUCAUAGAAUGAUACAGAGAAAUAAUUGGUCUUCUAUUUCUUAUUUUUUCAGAGAAGAAAAAGAAGAUUAAAUAUAGAUCAUGUUUGAUCAUAUUUGUUUAUAUACAUUUUAAGAUAUGCUAAGGAAGAAUACAUCUACAAUCACAGGUACACAUCAACAUUACACAGACAUAUUUACGUAAAUACAUGGAUGCAGUUUACAAAAUAAUAUUCUAGCAGAUUCAUGUUUAAAAAUAAGAUUGAGUGGACCAUGGACCUCAGUUCUUUACUAAGAGUAGUUUUAUGUAUAAUUAACAAUUCUACAUAUUUGUGUAUAUUUCAAUUAACAAUUAAGCCAAAAGUUUGUGACAUUAAAAAUUUAUUUCCGUUAAAUGUACUUUAUCCACUCAUGUUUUGUGUUUUGUAAAUUUAAUAUAAGUCUAAAAUUAAUUAUUUAGACUAUAUGUUAGUUUCAAAAUACUACUGUAUCGGUAAUAAUCUUGAUAUGCAAAUUUUCGUGUAAUUUUAAUCACAAAAUUCAUACAAUCCUCUGUUACUUUAAACAAUUUGAUGUCCAGUUGUAAGAACACUUUCAAUAACCAGAUUCCGUGUUAUGUUUAGUCAUUGAAAUAUUAACCUUAGAUAUAGAAAAUAAAUCACAGUGUCAGUUACCGUUGUGGUCUUGUGUUCCUAUUGUAUAAAUUCAUGGAAAAUUAUAUUAAAAACAUUGUUUUUAAUUACUUUGAAUUUUGUAUUUAGAUUUCAAAAAUUUCAUGGCUAUAA